AUGUCCUCAAUUAAGACGCCCGAAAUACCUGAACUUCAUGGCUUGGCCAAGUCUAGGUUCCUAUGUCUCACGAUCUGCGGUUACCGCAAGCCAGGGAUGAGUCAGGAGGACUACCGCAACCACAUGGUCAAUAUCUCUGCUCCUAUGACCAAAGGGCUGAUGGUCAAGUAUGGAAUCAAAAGAUGGACUCAGAUUCAUAACCAGAGCGAGACUCGUGCUUUGAUGUCUCAGUUGUUCGAUCCCCAGAUGGCCAAAGUCGCCGACUUCGACUGUUUCAGCCAGGUUGUAUUCAAGAGUGUCGAGGAUUAUAAGCGAAUGAAGGAGGACCCCUGGUACAAGGAACAUCUGGUCGAUGACCACGAAAAGUUUGCCGACACGAAGAAGAGUGUGAUCACCAUUGGGUGGAUCGAGGAGUUCGUAAGGGAUGGCAAGGAGGUGGAUGGUUUUGCGGAUAGUUAG